CUAGUAACCCCAGAAAAUGAAAUGUCAAAAUUUCACUAAGACUUACUCAAGUUUACAGUCGCUUUCUAGUACAAAAAUAAAAACACAUUAUAUUGAAUUUAAUGAAUUAACAUAACAUUAACAAAAAUGGAGAAAAUUUGCCAGACUUGUCUCGUUACUGGUGUCAAAAUAUACCCCAUGUCCUUCGAUGAUACGGAAUGUUAUCGUUUGUUCAUUACAAAGAUUGAAGAUCCACUUGACGUAAUAUACAUCUGUGUUUACUGCAAAGGGGUUUUCAGAAAAAUAAACAGAUUUAUCAAGCAAUCUCGACUUGCAGAUGAAAUACUUAAGAGUUCAUACAGUGAUAAUGCGAAAAUACUCCAAAAAGUAAAUUCUAGUCAAUUGUCGAUAUCUGAAACAAUCUAUCAUUAUAUUGGAUCAGGAAACGAAGAAACAACAAGUGAUGUGAAAAUAUUAUGUCACAAUAAUCAUGCCGAUGAUGAUGACAUUCCAUUGGUUAUGCUCGGUCAGAAGAACGAUGAUCAUGACAGCAAUAACGAAUAUGACAAUUGUGAACAAUCCGACAAUGCAGAUACAAGCAUAAACAAUAUAAAGCAGGAAUCAAACACACAUAGUGACAUAAGAAGAAAACAAAAGAAGUUCAGAAAGAAAAAGGGAGAAGUAAGAGAAGGCUUCUCUUCUAGAAUGGUUACAGAGACUGAUGAAUAUAAAGUCAUAAAAUUAACUAAGGAAGAGAUAAUAGAAGAAAUGAGACAGCAUUCUGAGAGUGAAAAGUACAAAGUGUUGCCUUACAAAUGUGAGAAAUGUGUCCGAGGCUUUAACUUUGAGGAUGUCUUACAGAGUCACAUGGAGAAACAUUCGCCGAAAUAUGGAUUCUUCGAAUGCGAAAUCUGCUCCCAAUACUGUCCCAGCCGGGUAUCUUUGAGAGGGCAUAUGAAGUCACAUUCUACAAGAUACAAAUGCAAGCUCUGCGGCCUCAUACGUCUCUCUAGACAGCAUAUAUUAGAGCACCACUCGCUGCAGCACACGGGUUCGGCCGCUUUAUAUACCUGCCCUAAGUGCGACCAUACGACCAAUAAGCGAACGGCAAUGCAGCGACACGUGCGGUUGCAUUCCGCGAGCGAGCCGUUAAGGUGUCACUGUUGCAGUAAAUACUACAAGAGUAAGGAGUCCUUGAGGAUUCAUAUUAUGAGACAUGAUGACAAGAAACUCCACCAGUGUGAAGUUUGCUCGAGUAGUUUUGUAUACGCGGCGCAAUUGUCAAAACACAUGAAGGCCGUGCAUGUACUUAAGGACUAUUAUUGCGUGGAGUGCGACAUCAUGUUCAAAUCUAUGGAUAACCUCAAGCAACAUCUGCAACGCGCAAAGCGACACAGAGACGACUCCUCGUACAAAUUCCAAUGCCAGCAGUGCGAGCAGAAGUUCAUAUCAGCGUCGACGCUCGCGACGCACCAGACUAACGCGCACGGUGCGGUCAAGAGCGAGUCGUGCGCGAUCUGUCCGCGCGCAUACAGCAGUGCGGAGGCGCUUCGGUGGCACACGCGUCGAGCGCACACCGCGGUAGAAAGGGCUAAGCUACCGUGCCCGCUGUGCGAUAGGAUGUUUUCGCGUAAGUACGUGCUCCGUAUCCAUAUGCGCACGCACACGGGUGAAAGGCCGCACGUGUGCGAGUGCGGCGCCGCAUUCGCUCAGCCCGCGGCGUUGCGUGCACACCGUACCGCGCAACAUAAGAAACCAGCCACUACAGUACCGGAUAACGAAACCUAAGUUAGAAAAAUUGAAAAAUGAAUUUCUAAAUAAACUUCUCUAUUGCAUUGUGCGAUGUUUUUUUAGAAUAUAUGUCUUCUCACAUGAAUUUCUAAUUAAACUUAUUUAUUGAA